UGGGGCUUUGGGGUUGGUGGAGGUGCAGGAGUGGCUUGUGGCAUGUUUUUGGGUUCUCCUCUAUGAAGCCGCCUCUCUUGCCACCAGCCCAAUCUUGCAGCAGCCGACGCUUGGAAAUUGCUGCAGAGGAGGUGCCAGGCAGGGAAAACCGGCUUGCAAAAACCCUUGUCUUCAUUCCCUGCCUGUGCCUAGGAGCCUGGGGCACCCCACUGCAACAAAAGGAAGGACCCUAAGACACUUCCCUCCCUUUUCCUUCUCCCCCUUUCCUCCCUUCAUUGGUUCUGCAACCCCUCCUCUUCCUUUGCAGGUACCCCAUCCUCCUAGCUGAAGAAUUUGAUGCAAGGAUAUUUCUGCCCUCCCAGAAGACAUGGCAGAGGCAGCAGCCGGUUUUGGGAAGGUGGUUCUUUUCCGCCAAGGAGCGCCCAGAGGACUCACCUACCGCAUCCCAGCCUUGCUGUACCUGCCGUCCGAAUCUGCUUUCCUGGCCUUUGCGGAAGAGCGCUCCUCACCCAAAGACGAAGAUGCCCGGUUCCUGGUGAUGCGGCGAGGGCAAAAGCAAGGGACAUCUGUCCACUGGGGUCCGCAGGAAUCUCUGAUGACGGCCACGUUGCCGGGCCACCGCACCAUGAACCCUUGCCCGCUGUACGAGAGGAACAGCCGCACCGUUUUCCUCUUCUUUAUCUGUGUCCAAACUGAAGUGACGGAGCAGCAGCAGCUCAGAAGAGGGAAGAACGCCGCCCGGCUGUGUUACGUCUCGAGCCGAGAUGGUGGCCGGACCUGGAGCCACACCACCGACCUGACCGAAAAGGCCAUUACGGAUAACUUGAGGAGAUGGGCCACUUUUGCUGUUGGGCCGGGUCACGGCCUCCAGUUGAGCUCGGGCCGAUUGGUGGUCCCGGCUUACGCCUACUACAUCCACCGGCGUUGCUUUGGGCACCCGCUCACUGUCUGGACGAAACCCCAUUCCUUCAUGUUCUAUAGUGAUGAUGGUGGGAAGAACUGGUCCCAGGGCCGGCUCCUCAGGGCCUUGCGGACAUCCGAAUGCCAGGUCGCUGAAUUGACCGGCCAGGAUAAUAGUCCAAUGUUAUAUUGUAAUGCCCGGAGUCCUGACAGGUACCGGGCAGAGGCCUUCAGUGCAGAUCACGGAGAAUUCUUUGACGAAUCCUUUCUCUCUGAGGAGUUGUGUGAACCUCCCAAUGGAUGCCAGGGCAGCGUCAUGAGCUUUUCACCCAUGGUGGAGCUAGGCACCCAUUCCUCCUCAGCCUCCUAUGAGAGCACAAAGCAAUGGCUGAUCUUCUCCCACCCCACAAACAAGCACCGUCGCCUGGACCUGGGCAUCUACUUGAACAUGUCUCCCUUGGAGAAAGAAUCCUGGAAAGGCCCGUGGGUGCUGAACAAAGGGCCCAGUGGCUAUUCGGACCUGGCCGUGUGCAAGGAAAGGAAGUCUCUGCUCUUUGGUUGCUUGUUUGAGUGUGGGGCAGCCCAUUCCUAUGAAGAAAUUGCUUUCAAGCUCUUCACCGAUGCCGAGCUUUUGAGGGAAGGGCCAUUCUGAGCUGAGUCUCCCUCAGAGUUGCAAGUCAUCAUAUCAUCAUCAUCAUUAACAUUAUCAUCUU